CAAGCAGCAGUCGGCAGUUCUCUUCCCCUGUCAAGACCUCUGUCUUCUUUCUUCCAAAUCUCAGAGCUAAGAAUUCAACAAACAAUGGCAACAAUAUCUCAAUUCAAUCUUUCCCCGUCCAUGAUCUUCUCAUCCACUCCAAAACACUCUCGAUUCGCCUCGAAACCGGUGUUUCUGUCUCUCAAUUCGAUCAAGGCAGCUCGGAAUCCGGUGGAGAAACUUCAACUUUGGUCCCGAGAAUCAGUCCGAGGGAGGCCCGUGUUUCGGGUUCGUUCUGUGGACGAUGAUGAGGAGCCGAUAAGUGAGGGUGCGUCGGUGGUGGCGGUGGCAGAGGAGGGGGAGAAGAAGCCUGAGAAAGAUGCUGAGAUUGAGAGUUUGAAGAAGGCUUUGGUGGAUUCUUUCUAUGGGACUGAUCGUGGGUUGAGGGCUACCAGUGAGACCAGGGCGGAGGUUGUGGAGCUCAUCACUCAGCUCGAGGCUAAGAACCCGACUCCAGCACCAACUGAGGCCUUGACCCUGCUCAAUGGGAAAUGGAUUCUCGCGUAUACAUCUUUCCCAGGAUUGUUCCCCUUGUUGUCUAGGAGUCCAAUGUUAGUGAAGGUGGAGGAAAUAUCACAGAUUAUUGAUUCUGAAAAUUUCACAGUGCAAAACUCUGUUCUGCUAUCUGGACCACUGGCAACAAGCUCCAUCAGUACCAAUGCUAAAUUUGAAGUCCGAAGCCCCAAGCGCGUACAGAUUAAGUUUGAAGAAGGCAUAAUUGGAACUCCCCAGCUGACAGACUCUAUAGUUUUUCCUGAAAAUGUAGAGUUUCUGGGACAAAAGUUUGAUCUCAGUCCCUUCAAAGGCUUACUCACCUCUGUGCAAGAUACAGCUUCAUCAGUUGCCAAGACUAUUUCCAGCCAACCUCCAUUCAAGUUCUCUUUCUCAAACAGAAAUGCUGAAUCUUGGUUGCUAACCACCUACCUCGAUGAAGAUCUCCGUAUCUCAAGGGGAGAUGCAGGGAGUGUUUUUGUGCUCAUCAAAGAGGGUAGCUCUCUCUUGACACCAUGAGAAGAAUUGUGUUAUGAACUAGAAGAUGCUUUACUGUUAGAAUCUGAAGAUUCUCGUGUUCCUUUCUUUAUUGUCUUGUUUGCAUCAGUGAACCCAAUGGGCUUCUGCAUUGAUAAAUAACACAUCUAUAUAUUUGGUUGUGAGUUUUCAUUUUGUUCUGUAUAUAAUGAUGUGAUUGGGUAGAGUUCGAACAAAACUUGAUACAUUUAGAGUCAUGUUUCAGACCAACUUGUGAACCCAAAAGACGAAUGUUAUUUCAAGUUGUCAGCUCUUGUAUAUUUGCUACUUGCAUCUGAGUGUGCACCGU